CCUUUUCACUAAUUUAUUUUUCCAGCUCAUAGAUUGGUUGGGUUCCUUCUUGUCCUUAAGAAAUUGUUUGGCCAAUAUAGUGCUGUGUAUCCAUUAAUUUUCUGUUUCUUCUCCCAAAAUCACCAUGGAUGAGAGAAUGUGGGAGGCUGCUCGAGCGGGAAAAGUUGAUGCCUUGUAUGCAUUAAUUCAGGAAAAUCCAUUUGUUUUUGAGAGCAUUGAUGAAGUGCCUUUUAUUGACACUCCAUUACAUAUAGCUGCAUCUGAAGGGCAUAUUGAUUUUGUUAUGGAAAUGAUGAUGUUAAAGCCAUCAUUUGCAAGGAAACUAAACCCAUCCGGGUUCAGCCCCAUGCAUCUUGCCCUUCUAAAUGAAAGAGAUUUGGUGAUACACGAGCUCCUUAAAGUCGACAAAGUUCUCGUUCGUGUUAAAGGGAAAGGAGGUUUGACCUCUCUGCAUCUUGCAGCAGAAAAGGGAAACCUGAAUCUUUUAGCCGAAUUUCUGGAGGCAUGCCCUGAAUGCAUCACAGAUUUGACAAUUCAAGGCCAGACUGCUCUUCACAUUGCUGCUAUAUAUAACAACUUUGAAUCUCUCCAACUCUUGAUUUGUUGGCUUCGAAAGACAACACACAAAGACGGGUACGAUUGGGAAAAACAAGUUGUAAACAAAAAGGAUCGAGCAGGAAACACGGUUUUGCAUAUAGCCGCAUCAAAUAAUCAUUCCAAGAUGGUAAAAUUGUUAUUAAAAUGUAAAAUCAUCGAGAAUGGGACCAAUUUGAAUGGUCGGACAGCUCUGGAAAUGUUAGAAGGCCAGGUUGACGUCAGAGAAACUGCACGAACUCUACGAUGGGCUGGAUAUUUGAAAUCGGAAGCGAAGAACCUUGCACGUCAAACCUUAGCAGAGUCUUUGAGAUCGGAAAGCUCAUAUUUUGAAAAACUGCAAAGGUAUCUUGCUCGUAAGAAUAACAACAUAUCAAGUGACAUGCGCAGUACUAUGCUGGUAGUAGCUGCACUGAUUCUUACAGCUAGCUACCACGCCUGCCUUAAUCCACCAGGAGGUCUUAAUCAACCAGGAGGUCUUUGGCCGAGCAACUUUAUCGGUCCGUUAGAAUUGAGUACCGCAUACUUUAAAUUCUUCUAUGCUAUAAACACUGCAACCUUCUUGACAUCAACGUGCAUAGUGUUUUACCUCCUUCCUGACGAAAACAUAAACCUCCUUACAUUGCCGGUCCUAUUGUUCAUUCUCUGCUACUUGUUCUCAAUUGCUAUCAUAUCCCCUUCUAGAUGUCUAUUGGGCUCGAUUCCUUUUAUUCUUCUUGUUACUAUCGGCUUCGGUUUUGUGUUAUGGCCUAAGAUUUUUGAACUCUAUUGUCGACGACGUCCUUCAUGGUCAUGGAUGCUAAAGUUUCUCUUCUUCCUUUGUCUCUUAUAUAUGAUCAUGUCUAUUUUAUUCCCAAUCUGAUAAAAAUGCAGAAAUCAAUGAAUAUCUUUCUGAAGAAUCUUAGUUAGAAUCAACUUAUGUUAGGUCCGAUGUUCUAAUUUCAUGUAUGCAAUAUUGAAUGAUUGAAACCGACUGUGAUGCCAUGAAAACCUUAGAAGCAAGAAAGAAUUUAACUGAUU